ACUGGCUGCGGCGCUGGAUGGCGCUGGUGGAAAUUUGGGAAUGCGCGGUCAAGAUUUCUCCCGGGUUGAGUUGAGCUCGGACAGGACUCGAGACUGACUGCAUCUGCGUGCGAACAGUAAGAUCAGCCUGGGCUAAGAGAGAAGACACUGCGAAGGCUCAGAGUCGGGGAGCAGGCAGCGGACGGAAGGCGGACAUCUCAGCGUUAGGACAGUGUCAGUGGACCGCACUUCCUCCAACAAACACUGCAACAGUCACACAGCUGGCUUUAACCAGGCCAGCUUGACCCCACUUUACCAUCUCAGGUGUGGGGAGCCAUUUAGUGGCCACAGGCAGGCAUUACUGAGAUCCUCCUGCCUCCUUCGUGAGAAACCGUCACUUGUAUAUUCGCACCUUUUACCAAACCCCAGCAGAUUCCUUCAUUAUACUUUUUGUUUUGUAAUCACUGAACAAACCCUCUCUCAUGGGAGUAACAUAGAGACCAGCCCAACACAGACACUCUCUGCUCUCUUUCUCUCUCGCCUUCACACACACACUCACGCUCACACACACUCACUCGUCUGCACCGUGUUCAGGAUGCCCUCCUCCUCCAGCGUGAUUAGCUGGGGAAGGACGUGGCUCUUGUGGUGAUUGGAGGGGGAGCGGAGCGGAGCUGGACCCAUGUCGUGGAAGCGGAACUACUUUGCUUCAGGCAGCAGCGGGCUGCAGGGGAUGUUUACCCCACGCACCAUGACCUCCAUCGCUCCCAGCAAAGGCCUGAGCAAUGAGCCGGGUCAGAACAGCUGCUUCCUAAACAGCGCACUGCAGGUCCUUUGGCAUCUCGACAUCUUCCGCCGAAGCUUCCGGCAACUGAACACCCACAAGUGCAUGGAGGACUCGUGCAUCUUCUGCGCUCUGAAGAGCAUCUUCGCCCAGUUCCAGUUCAGCAGCGAGAAGGUGCUCCCAUCGGACGCUCUGCGCAGCGCUCUGGCCAAAACCUUCCAAGACGAGCAACGCUUCCAGCUGGGCAUCAUGGACGACGCGGCCGAGUGUUUCGAGAACCUCCUGAUGCGGAUCCACUUCCACAUCUCGGACGAGACCAAGGAGGACAUCUGCACAGCCAAGCAUUGCAUCCCACAUCAGAAGUUUGCCAUGACACUUUUCGAACAGUGUGUUUGUAAUAACUGUGGAGCCACUUCGGAUCCUCUCCCCUUCAUUCAAAUGGUGCACUACAUCUCCACCACCUCUCUCUGCUGCAGUAACCAAGCUGUGCGAAUGCUGGAAUGUAAGGAGAAGCCCACGCCUGACAUGUUUGGAGAGCUUCUCCGCAACGCCAGCACCAUGGGAGACCUACGAAACUGUCCGAGUAACUGUGGCGAGAUGUUGCGGAUUCGCCGGGUUCUCAUGAACUGCCCGGAGAUCAUCAGCAUCGGCCUGGUGUGGGACUCGGAUCACUCUGAUCUUGCCGAAGACGUCAUCCACAGCCUGGGCACGUGCCUGCGGUUGGGUGAUCUGUUCUACCGUGUGACGGAUGAAAGGGCCAAACAAUCGGAGCUCUACCUUGUGGGCAUGGUUUGCUACUACGGCAAGCAUUACUCCACCUUCUUCUUCCAGACCAAGAUACGCAAGUGGAUGUACUUCGAUGACGCACAUGUGAAGGAGAUCGGACCUAAGUGGAAGGAUGUGGUGUCGAGAUGUAUAAAAGGCCACUACCAGCCGCUACUGCUGCUGUACGCUGACCCUCGAGGGACGCCCGUGUCAUCGCAGGACAUGCUGGCAGCACAGCUGGACCUGCACCACAGUAGCAAGGCUGGCUAUGACAGCGAAGACUCCGGGAGGGAGCCCUCAAUUUCAAGUGACACACGCACAGACUCUUCCACAGACAGCUACAGCUACAAGCACUCUCGAUCACACCAUGAGUCCAUGGCCUCCCAUUUCUCUUCUGACUCUCAGGGAACUGUGGUGUGUAAUCAGGACAGCAGCGGUUCCCAGAACAGCAUGGACACUGCAGGGGAGGUUCUUAAAGACCAGGCCACUCCUCUUUGUACGCUGAGACCCUCUUCUACUGGCCAUCUGCAGGACUAUAAAGAGACUGUAAAUAUGAUCCACAGCAGACCCCUCUCAUCAUCCUCUAGCUCAGGGGUGGGCGGCUCGGAGGCUGGGGCGCGGGCGAGGGAUUGGGAAGACGAGAGCACCAGCAGCGAGUCCAAGUCCAGCUCCAGUGGAGGGCGUUAUCGGCCCACAUGGAGACCCAGAAGAGAGGCUCUGAACAUUGACAGCAUCUUCAGCCGGGAAAAGCAUCGGCCGGCCGGCUAUGCCACUCUCGGACCUUCCCCGCUGCCGGAAGACCCGAUGUCACCAGGGCACAGUGAGCUGCUCUCAGGGGCUGCGGCGGAGGGGUCCAACACUGCAGCAGCAGAAAUGGGGGGCAUGACCGAUGGCUCAGGGGGCGUGCCAGAAACGGAAGUGGAACAUCUACCGAUCCCACCACCUUUAAGAGGCGUGGAACAGCAGCCUCGGCUGAUCCAGAGAAUGGAGAGCGGCUACGAAAGUAGUGAGAGGAACAGCAACAGCCCCAUCAGCAUGGAUAUGCCUCUCAGUGACAACCCAAGCACCAGUGCUCACAGGGACAGCGGCAGUAAGAGACCCGUGACUUCUGGGCCCUCCUGGCGCACAGUGCCCAAAUCCAAAAGCAGCAGUGCCAUCCUGCAAGACCUCAAAUCACCCACCUGGAGCAGCAGUCCACUGAGUUUGGGAGAGGGACGCAGCGAGCUGGAUGAAUUGCAAGAGGAAGUUGCUCGCAGAGCCAGGCAGCAGGAGCUCCAGAGGAAGAAGGAGAAGGAGAGAGAAGCAGCACAGGGCUUCAACCCCAGACCCAGCAAGUUCAUGGACCUGGACGAACUUCAGCACCAGGGGAAGGGGGGCAGUUUUGAGCACUGCCUGGCGGAGGCUGACUCUCUCUUAGAGCAGUCGCUGCGCCUGGAGCAGGCUGGGGAUACAGCUACAGCCCUGGCGCUCUCCCACCACGCUGUGUCUAAACUAAGAUUUUCCAUGCAUGAGGGCAGUGCUAACACUCAUAGCAGGACAAUGGCUGCUGACGCCAAGCUGCAAAAAUGCAUGAGGAGAGCGCGGGGCCUACAGCAGCGCAUGCAGCAACAGCAAGAGCAGCAGCAGGAGCCCAACCGCCCACAGGGGCCCACCAGUGAACAGCCUGGCCCGGUCCAAGUAUUGUUGACAGACAAUCAGGAAGAGGUCUGGGAGACCAAUCAGGAUUCUGUGCUUGGCCCACCCUCUCCUCAACACAUGAAACCACCCUCAUCUUGUACAAACUCCCCAUCUCAGCCUUCUAGCCGCCCAUUGCUCAAUCCCAGACCUGCCUCUUCUCAGUCACAGCCCCAAGAGCGCGAUGAACGCAACAAUUGGACAACUCAGAAUGAGGACGAAUGGGGUGGCAUCAGACUAUCAGAUGUUCUCCAAGCUUCAGGCAUUCGCAUCAUGCCCAUACGCAAGCACCUUGCCAUAUCUCUGCCCUCUUUGCCUCUUGAUUUCUGGGGUGUAUUGGGAGAGGAUGAAGAGGUCUCCAGCUGUCAGCACCCUCAAUCUCCACAUCCUCCUUUGUGGCAUGGCACUGCAGAUAGUCCAGACCGGAUUCCCCAAUCCAGCAAUCCCAGUCCACCACCCACCUCUGUCGAUGAGAAAGGGCCAGUGCCCCGAAGAGCCCCCAUAUGGCAACCCCUGUGUGCAUCUUCCCAGCCCUGCACCAAAUUGACUCCCCCUGUUGCUGCUCGACAUUGGUCCUCCUGGAGCCUAGACCGUCCUGAUGCUGUUGUCAACCCCUAUGACACACCUCCUGAUCAGAACCAGCAGACAGGACCUGCCCUCUCACAACACACACCUGGAAGACCCUAUGCACCUCACAGUCCCAUGAGCACCAGGAAAAAGACCAUCCCUAAGUACUCAAACUUCCAGAGCAUGGAGUUGGAACCCACAGAGGCCGAGGACCAGGAACUCUCUGAAUUAGACUCACUUUACCAGGCUAGUCUGCAGGCUGGCCCGGGUCCUGGUCGAGCCCUGCGUGGUACCAACUCACCUGCUGUUCCAAGACCAGUACCCCCUGCUGCACGAAAGCUGCUCACUGGAGUCGGACGCUCUCGGACCCCCACAGCUGAACUUGAGAGAACUGCUUAUGGACCACCAGGUUGUUGCAGCCCUACUGGAUACAUGAACAUGCCCCUGUCGGUGGCCCAUCAAGAGCCUCAGUCAGGAGACGAAGACCAGUAUGAUGCGGAUCACCUGCGCCGUAUUGCUCGCAGCCUGAGUGGGACGGUCAUUGGUCGUCGCCAGAACCGUCUCACCGUCUCCCGAAGCUUUCUGGGGGACGCCGGGGUUAUGUCAUAUCACAACUCCAUGUACUCACCUAGUUGCCUUCAGUUUCCAUUGUCGCAUUCAGACCUCCAUCUGCUCCAACCCAGCUGUCUUCACCUCCUUCCAUCAUCUUCACCCCUGUCUCAGCAGCCUGGGCCUUCCAGAGAGGCCUCAGGUAAAACUCACUCUCGUUUUCCACAUUCAUAACCACCUCUUCCAUUCAGAAGGCCAUUUCACUCUUGUUCCGCAUUCAUGUCUCUGCCAUCGCAUUGCAAUUGAGUCCAGGUGCAGGCCCCCCCCACCCCAUUCGCUUCAUUUUCGUUUCCUGCUGUUAAAGGAGCUCCUCUUUCGUUGUUGCUUUUUUUCUUUGAUUGGUCUGGUUCCUGUCCUUCACACUCCAUCCUACCCCACUGCAGGACGUCUCCAGAGGUUCUCCGAGUUUCUGGCUGUGUUUGACCGGCGUCAAGCUCUCUCCAGUGGGAAGCACUACGGUCCAGCAGUGAGGCGUAUUAGAAGACAUCCUCUCUGAAGUUCUCACCCAACCAAUUGGCUUUGGACCAGGUCCUCCAGCCCUGGAACAUUUCCACAGAUGCGUUCGUUGCCCUGGAUGACCCUUCCGGACACCCUAUCCCAUUCCCUUCACAGUUUUCUGGAGGACUGGAAGGAGAACAUCCAGAGACCUGAUGCCAUCCUCAAUCACCCUGCGCUCUGUAAUGUUUCUGGGAUAAUGCCCUUCAGUUACCCUGCUAUAGUCGGUAAAUCUUUCCAUGCAGAAGCCCCUGAAGCUCGAUCCAUAGCAUGAGGGAAAGAGAGACCGAAACCAACUUUUUUUGUUUAUGAGCACUGGGAUGGCUCGAACCUUUGGGGCUGAGGUGUGUGUGUGUGUGUGACUAACCAAUAGUCAGACCUGCAGCAUGCAAUGAUAGGAGUGUGGGGUCCAGUUAAAGACUCCCACAGUGAGCCAUCCAACCCAGAGCACUUAACUUAAUUAACCCCAACAUUCAAUUAACUGCAGAGGAGAAGCAUACGGUAACUCCUUGCUGCACUAGAUGGUAAAUGUGUGUUUGUGUGUGUGUAUGCGUGUGUGCAUGUGUUGGGUGGUAAAAGGGGAGGGGCUUAUUGUAACCCUACCCUCAUUUGUACUACAGGUCAAAAGUUUGGAAUGAUUCAGAUUUUGUAAUACUUCGAUUUCAAAAAUACAGUAAAAUUGUGAAAUAUUAUUACUAUUCAAAACAUUGUUUUUCAUUUUCAUUUGUUGUUUUUAACAUGGAUAAUAAUAAUAUUAAUAAAUGUUUCUUGAGCACCAAAUCAGCAC